AUGCUCCAUUUGAACAAGGAAGGUUCAGCAGACUUGACGUUAGCUUCCAAAUCAGAAGAAAUCAUUUGGAAAGUACUAGUCCUUGAUCAAAAAUCACGAAACAUCUUGUCGUCAGUUUUGCGAGUCAAUGAUUUGUUACGAUGUGGUAUCACGGUUCAUUCAUUGAUUAAUCAACAACGAUCGAAAUUACCUGAUGUGCCAGUCAUUUACUUUGUUGAACCUACUAAAGAAAACAUUAGUACCAUAAUUCACGAUUUGAAUGACGAUAAGUAUGACACUUAUUACAUCAAUUUCACUUCCCAUUUACCUCGUGACUUGUUGGAGGAUUUCGCCAAACAAGUGGCUUUACUGGGUAAAGCAUCAAGAAUAAAGCAAGUUUGGGAUCAGUAUUUAGAUUUUGUGGUUACCGAACCCAAUUUAUUUUCAUUGAAUUUGAACAACAUUUUUACAACUUUCAACACAUCGCAAACAAAAGAGGAAACAAUUCAUGAUUUGGUGGGUACCAUUGCUGAUGGAUUGUUAUCCUUAUUUAUAAGCUUGGAUGUUGUUCCUAUAAUACGUGCACAACAACACGGACCUGCUGAGUUUGUAGCUCAAGAACUCGAUUUAAAGUUGCGAGAAUACUUGAGUAACGCCAAACUGUUGGGUAAUGAACACAACGCUGCAUUGACACAACGACCAGUUCUUAUUUUAUUGGAUAGAAAUUUCGAUUUAGCUUCAAUGUUUGCUCAUUCAUGGAUCUAUCAAUGUAUGGUGAGCGAUGUUUACCUGUUAAAGAGAAAUACGAUCAAGUUGCGCAAGAUAGCCAAGGAUAAGAAUGGAGUUGAAUCAGAAACGGUCAAGAAUUAUGAUAUUGAUCCUCGUGAUUUUUUUUGGACCAAAUAUGCCCAAUUGCCGUUCCCUGAUGUCGUUGAAAAUGCCGACGUUGAAUUGAAUGCUUAUAAACAAGAGGCUAAAGAAAUUACCAACAAGACGGGAAUAACAUCAUUGGAUGAUAUUGACCAAAAUUCAACGAGCUCAACCGCAAAUAUUCAACAAGCAGUUGAAAAAUUGCCAGAGUUGACCGCAAGAAAAGCAACAUUGGAUAUGCAUAUGGAUAUUUUAUCCAACUUGAUCAAUGAAUUACAAGCCAAGAAUUUGGAUACGUAUUUUGAAAUUGAACAAAAUGCUGGAGGUAAUCACAACGAUACCAAGAUCUUAAAAGAGUUUAUGGAUUUGUUGAAUAACGAUGAUGCCAAGCAAGACACAUCCUUGGACAAGUUACGUACAUUGAUCAUUUUGACUCUUGUCAGUGAUCAUCUAUCCUCGGACUAUAUUUCCAAAGUCAAGUCGAUUUUGCUUCAACAUUAUCCUAAUUUGGACAUGUCGGCAUUUGACUAUAUCCUUAAAUUUAAAGAACAUCUGAAAAUUGCCAAUUUAUCCAACUUAUCUGACUCAUAUAGUAGCAAUCAUAGUGGCAGUGGGGGGUUGUCAUCUUCAUCGUCCAAUGCACAGACUUCAUCUGCUUUACUCAGUGGAUUAUCAUCAAAACUUUAUGGAUUGACGGAAGGUCGUAUUUCUGAAGGUUUGAGCUCAAUUGCUUCAAAGAUUAAAAAUUUCAUUCCCGAACGAAAUUUGCUUCCAAUUACCAAGAUUGUUGAGGCGAUUAUGGAUCCAACAAAUUCCACUCAACAAUCAAUCAACUUGACUGAUGAGUAUUUAUAUUUUGAUCCAAAAUCAAGAGGUGGUGGACACUCAAAACCACCAAAGAGACAAUCGUAUAGUGAUCUGAUUGUUUUCGUUGUUGGUGGUGGUAAUUACUUGGAGUAUGUUAACUUGACUGAAUGGAGUGGUCAACAUGGAGACGGUGAGGCAAAUAGAAACGGUGGUGCUGGAAUCAGUGGAGGUGUCGGAGUUGGUGGUGGUGGUGGUGCCGGUGUUGGUGAAAAGGGUAGAUUCAAUGUCAUUUAUGGAAGUACUGAUAUUCUUUCAGCGACUGAGUUUUUGAAAGAAUGUGAACAAUUGAGUAAGAGCUAA